GGUCCCCCAGAAUUUCUUGAAGAAACUUUCAAAAAGUGCCUGAGCCAGCUGGAAGAGGAGGAGAAGCCCGAAUGGAUAGUGUGGGGUGAUGAGUCGACGGACCCAGAUCAAGUCUACAUUAUGAUAGCUAUGGACUUGUCAGAGAGACAAUUUGUCACAAGCCGCGAUGUCAGAGUUGCAAGAGAAGGGUAUGCCUCGUUCUCUGGAACUGCUAUCUCCGUUCCUGGCAUCUGAACCCAAGAUCCGUCAUGUACUGAGUCCAGACUGGAACGAGCCGAUAACCUGCGCAGACUUCCCGUGUGCAGAGAUACAUUGCGAUAUUUUCAUCGUGGAAUCUCCAUCAACUGGAGCGUUUUAUGAGACAAUCAACACGGAGAUGUUGACGUUGAGAUGCGACAGUAAACAGUUACUUAUUGGCGAUAUUUACGGAGAUCGUCCCUGGAGGGUUUUCAAGCAGGUGGUCCUGGGUCUAGACCACAGCAAUAAAUUGGUCCACUACAAUCUAGGCUCUGGGGUGUGUACUUUUAUAUUCCUUUUCUUUUGGAAAAGUCUAGAGUCCAUGAAUUCAUUCAAGCAACCCAGCCAAGAGAGUACAGGGAGUCGCAAACAAAAGCUUGACAGUCGCUGUUGGACGACGGGAAUUUUGGAACGCUUCGCCAAACUCGAGAAUGUAGGUGCCCAGGUGAGACAGGGAACCUUCAGACUGAGGCCCUUUCAAGGCCAGUAUCCCUUGAUCUGGUGGGUCCCAGAUUCGUGGCAUGCGCGAACCGUUCCAAGUCCGGGGUUGAACAAAAGCUGGCAGUUGAGGCUGCUUCUCUGGAUCCAAAACAAGAUUUUUCGGCGGCGUCCGAAACCAAAGAUAAGGUAUACAAAAUAAUUCAGAGCAUUUACAUCUCCGCAGCUACUGUACAGUUACUGUUACUGUUUUGUUUUACGCGGCCGCCGGCUACUAAAUCAAGGCUCUUUCAGAGGC